AUGCUUACUCUACAAUUUGGGCAAUGUGGAAACCAACUAGGCCAUGCAUUAUUCUCAAAGAUAUCAGCUGACUUGGAAUGUGCAAAUACAGGUGUACCUCAUAAUAUAAACUAUCAGUAUUCAGAAGAUACAUUUAAUAAAUGGUUUAAUGGUAUAUCUAAAGAAGGCAAACAUUUAGCAAGGGCAAUUCUUGUAGAUACAGAACAAAAAGUAAUAAAAAAGAUGUGGAAUAAUACAACUAUUCCAUGGAUGUAUUGGACCAAAAAUGUAAUUUGUCAAUCUGGAGGAGGUUGUGCAAAUAAUUGGGCAUAUGGUUACAUGAUAAAAGGACAUGAGUUAAAAGAUGAAAUAUUAAAUUCUGUAAGACAAGAAAUAGAAAGAAUGGAUCAUUUUGAUGGGUUUCUUUUACUCUUAAGUUCAUCAGGUGGUACAGGAUCUGGAAUUGGAAGUUAUAUUGCAAAAUUAUUACGCGAAGAAUAUAAAUCAAAACCUAUCAUUACCACAACAAUAUUACCAUUUUCAUUUGGUGAAGUAUCCACACAGAACUAUAACACAUUGUUCACGUUGGCAAAACUUUACAAUCAAAGUGAUAUGAAUAUUAUAAUUGAGAAUGACCAAAUACAUGAUAUAUGUAAAACUCUGUUAAAAAAGUUUACAACAAGUUUACAAGAUAUGAAUGAAAUUAUUUCAGAGAAGUUAUUAGCUAUCUUACAACCCAUAAAUUCUAUAAAACAUAGUAUAAAUUCAUUAGUGUCUCAAAUAGCAUCACAUCCUUGUUAUAAAUUGGCAACAAUCAAGAGUACUCCACAUAUAUCUACAAUGUCUUUAAAAUAUGAACCUAUAUAUAAUUGGAGUUCAUACACACAUCAUCUGAAACAGACUCUUCGAAUAUCAAAUUCCGAUUCAAAAUUAACUAAUGUUGAAUUGAAACUACCAUCCAAUCUAUUAAGUACAACCACCCACCAUGUAUACACAUGUUCAGUAUCAAAUCUCCUAGUAACACGUGGUACCACAACAGAUAAUAAUCUUGUUGUACCUAAUGAAUUUAAAGAUAAACAUUUAUAUACAGACUGGAACACAACUGAUUGUUUCUCACAUUUACACCAAGAACGAAAAUUCUUAAAUUAUGACAAAUUUCUUGGCCUGAUUACCAAUAACUCCCAAAUUUCCUAUCCUUUGGACAUACUCUUAAACAAAACUUGGAAUUCUUAUAUUCAUGCUGCAUUUUUACAUCAGUAUAAACGAUUUGGUUUAGAAGAGGAUGAUUUUCUACAAGCAUUUUCAGUAAUUGAAAAUGUUGUGAAAGAAUACAAAGAACUAACAUAA